UGCAAAUCCGGUAUAUUGCCAUAGAAAGAGGGAGAUCGACGACAUUUCUAAUCGUGCAAGAAAGUUAAGAUUUCCAGCCUGUUACGACAGCCUUAAUGGCAACAUUUACAAAUAACAGUCAACCUCAAGCAUGGGGUCAAGCUGCACCUAACUUUAUGAAUCCCGAAUGGGAAAAAGCAAGACAAGCAUUGGAAAAAGUACAGUCAAUAACCAAAAGUCCAACAAAACCAGUGCAAAACAAUCAGAAUCAAGUUCAACAACAACAGCAACAACAACAACCAUCGCCAGCUGAUAUGUAUUAUCAACAAUAUAUGUAUUAUACACAGUAUAUGCCACCAAACCAAAACAUGGGAAUGGGUGGACAGCCAAGACCAAUGGGAAUGGGAGGACCACCAGGUCCAAUGGGAAUGGGUGGUCCUGCUAGAAUGAAUGGACCUUCAUUUACAAACUUCAAUCAGCCACCACCCCCACCACCAGAAGAAAAUGAAAUUCCUGUCAAAAAUGGUCCUAAUGAAGAAUCCUUUGGGGAAUAUACUCCUAACCAGAGACCGGGUGAUGUUCAAAAUAAUCAACAACAAAAUAACAACCCAAGGGGACAACACAUGCAAGGACCACGCUUCCAAAAUAGACCAAGACAACCUCUAGGACCAGGUGGUAUACGAUUUAGUUUACCAAAGAAAAACAGAGGAAGAGGAGGUGCCCAAAAUAUGAACCAACGGUUUCCCUCUCCAAGGGGACCAAGACCAAACUUUGAUUGGCAAAAUAAGCGAGGCAAGUCCCCUGCACAGCAACAAAAUGAUCGGUCCCAACCAAGAGGAGGAAUGGGAGGACCUAGUUCCUAUCGUCAUGACUCUGGAGAGACCAGUUCUAGGAGAGAUGAGGCUGAUGAUGUGUUUGAUUCUAGAUCUAAACUGCCAAUAGAAAAUGAGAAAGCAGCAGUAGCAGCACAAGGAGAAUGGCCACCUAGUUUAAGGGAUUAUGUUCAGAGAGCCUUCUCUAGUGUAGCAGAUACAGAGGAGAAAGAUAAGAUGGAGACGGUUCUGAAGGAACUAUUGACUGAUGUCUUCAGUACUGGUAAAGCUUGGUCCACAGACUGGAGUAGAGAACCACUGCCUUUAGGUAAAAAAGACUCAUCAUCAUCACCUCCCAAGUACAGUGACAUGUAUCAAAAGAGAGGGUCAUGGGGGGACAAUAGAAGGGGAAGUCCAUGGGAAAAUAAAAGGGGUAGAGGGAGGGGGGUUAGAAAAUCAAGUAACUUCCAGGCAAAUGCCAAAAGUUUAUAUUCAAAAGACAGAGUGCCAACAUAUAGGUCAAGAUCAUAUUCAAGUGACAGUUCUAGUUCACGCUCCAGUUAUUCUAAAUAUAGUUAUCCAAGUUCAAGAUCAAGGUCUAGGUCACGAUCCAGAUCAAAGUCUCCACGACGAAAAGAUGACAGACGUGUAAACAGGAGGAGAAGGCGUGAUAGCAGUGAAAGUUCAUCCAUCUCCAAGAGAUUAGAGAGCAAAUCAACACCCAGUAAAGAAAACCGCUUCUCAAGGGGUGGUCGUGGAAACAGACGAGGUAGGGGUGGACGAGAUACACCAGGAAAGGGAAGAGGAAAUAUAAACAAAAAAUCUCCCACUGAAACGGGAGCAGGAAAACAACUCAAAAGAAAAGGAAAGAACCAAAUAUUCUUUGAAGAGGAAGAUGACCCAGAAAAAGAAGCCAGAUUAAAUAAAAGGGCUGCCAGAUUCAGCAGUCAUUUACAGAGCAACAAGAAAGCCAGACAGCAUCUUACACUGUCUAUUAACAAUUAUACAAACUCAUCAGAUGAUGACGUAGAAGAUAUUCACAACUUUAAUAUUGUAGGAACUUGUCAAGAUCUAGAGAAAAGAUACCUACGUUUGACUAGUGCUCCUACAUCAGAACAGGUAAGACCAGUCCAUAUUUUAAAGAAGGCCUUAAAGAUGGUGCAGGAAGAUUGGAAGGAGAAACAUGAUUACCACUAUGCAUGUGAACAGCUGAAAUCCAUCCGACAGGAUCUAACUGUUCAAGGAAUCAGAAAUGAGACAACUGUAAUGGUCUAUGAAACACAUGCUAGAAUAGCAAUGGAAAAGGGAGACCAUGAAGAGUUUAACCAAUGUCAGACACAGUUGAAGUUAUUAUACCAUGAUGAUGUCUCCAAAGGGAACAGAUUAGAGUUUACAGCUUACAGAAUAUUAUAUUAUUUGUUUACUUCUAAUACGCUUGACAUGACAACAGUGUUAGCUAGUCUAACACCAGAGUGUAGAGAGGACGAAUGUGUCCUCCACGCCUUAGCAGUCAGGUCUGCGUUGGCUUUAUCUAGUUAUCAUAGAUUCUUUAAACUUUAUAGCAAAGCACCCAAAAUGUCGGGUUACUUAUUGGAUUGGUUUACAGAUAGAGUAAGAUUUACAGCCCUGAAAACCAUUGUAAAAUCAUAUCGUCCCACAGUGUCGAUCAGUGUUGUACAGACUGAAUUAGGGUUCUCAAACCUUGAUGAUUGUUUACAGUUCCUCACGGACAAAGGGGCAGUUGUAUCACAGGACUCGUCAAUAUUGGAUUGCAAAUCUAGUUCUAAUCUUAGUUCAUCUUGAAGGACCUAAUCUAGCAGUGUAAUUCUUGAAAUGAUCUCAGUUUAAAAGUCCAAGGAUUUAAUGGGAAGAGUGGGAUUCCGCCAUUAUUGUGGGAAUUAGGUCAGAGUAGGUACACCCUUGGUCUCGCCAGCAUGUUACUAAGAAAUUAUGCAAAUAUUUCUGUCAAAGGAAGUUUUCAAUUAAUGAUUGUGCUGUUCAAGAGACAUUGUAAAUUUAUUCUGCUCAGCAGUGAAAUCAAUGACAUUGUUGAAAUUGUUUGCGUGUUUGUCUUGUGUGUAAAGAAUUUGUUACUUAUUUGUAUAUGGACGGUUAUGAAGAAUUAUCAUCAAUAAGUCUUAUAUUGGAUUAGUACAGGUGAAAUAAUCAUGACUUUAUAUAGUUACCAGUAAUAUGCAUCAUUCAAUGUUGUCGUUCAUUUUCAACUUCCAUGGUUGGUAUCUGGUUCAUCAACUCCGUUUUAAAGUUUAGAAAAGCGCAACAUCAUAAAGAAGCCCAGCAGUCCUAGCUUACCACAGAAUCAACAAACAUCAAUAUAGAAAAUAACCUCAUUCAAGGCGAUAAGACAUGUCCAUAAAAUGCUUCCUUCACCAGUAAGACAUAAGUCACAUCAUCUUUUACAGUAUCAUUCAGCAUAUAUUGUGUUAGGUUAAUUCACCACCAAUCAAGCGACCGAUGAAGCCUACAAUUUAUUUCUUUAUGCCUGUAGAAUUGGUUUAAUCUUUUUCCAGUGUAAUGAGAAGGUCCCGUCAACCCACUUGUUUGAAUUUCAAUAUUUAUUUUCCAAGUACCUCCAAAAGCCACAAUUUUCAGAACAUAUAUUCCAAACCAGUUGUUCUAUGUUGGCCUAACACAAUCACGCAUCGACAAUGCCAGUCCGUUAUAACAUGAUAAGAAGAAGCCAUUCAACUUGACACUUGCCAGGCACCAAGAACACACAACAGUUACCGUUGGAAGAUAUCAGCAAUGUAUUACAAUUGCCACCGUCUCAACCGUCACCAAGCAGCAGUAAUGUAUCACUACCGUUUCCUGUCAUUAGAUGAAUGUUUUUACAACAACCAGAUCGUUACCAGACAGCAGUUAUUUAUCACAAUCGUGGCCGUGACCAGAUUACAGAAAUACAUCGUGAUCGCGACCGUUACCAGUCCAUAGUAAUUUCUUACAAUAGCAACCAUCAGCAGAUUACAGAUAUAUUCCACCACCUGACCGUUACCAGACAACAUCAAUACAUCAUGAUCGCGAACGCUCCCAGACAGCAUAAAACAUCAUGAUCGCGAACGUUACCAGACAACAGCAAUACAUCAUAAACGCUACCGGUACCAGUCUUAAUGCAAAUUCUUACGAUAGCAACUAUCAGCAGAUUUCAGCAAUAUUCUGCCACUUGACCGUUACCAGACAUAGCAAUACAUCAUGAUCGCGACCGUUACCAGUCCUAAUCUAUUGGAAAUGAUUGCAACCGUUGGUAGAUAGCAGCAAUUUUCCGUCACCUUAGUGAUCUAGUAUGCAGGUAAACAUCAAAAUCGCUUCCGUAACUGGUAUUAUGUCACGAACCGACCGUAACCAGACAGCAGUUGUACAUCACAAUGAUGACCGUUCCCUGGCAAUUGUAAUACAUCUCUGUUGCACCGUAUUUGAACCGCCAUUCAAGACCAUGACGUAUUAGAUGGAGAGGGGUUAGCUGUUUAUGGUUCCAUAUAAUCAUCUGUAACCUGUAGUGUUUUUAGAUGUAAGUUAAUGGUAAAACAUCUAAAGAUACUACUUGAAUCCCUGAAACCACAGAUAUUUUCACGUCCAGAAAAUAUACAGUCCUGAAGAGGAUAUCAGAAGUAUCCGCAAGCCUUUUACGUCCGUAUGGACAUGUCUUAAGUCGCAUCUUUUCUACCAAUACAUCAUGAGAAGAAGUAAGUAAGAAUAGCAGAUCAACAAGAAGGGUGUUUGUUUGAAAUGGUGGAGUUUGGUACUAAUAUCAUCACAUAUUUUAUGUUGGCAUGUUUGGUAAUCAGUUAUACUUAAUUACAUGAUCUUUGGAUUACAGAACAGCCAGUUGAUAUACAGCAGUCUGUUCCUGAAGAUGACCACAUUUCUUUUCCAUGUUUAAGAUCUUAACAUGGAGGAUAAAUGUGGCCAUCCGUUUGACCAGUGGCAUUAUCAACUUCUUUUGUAAAUAAACAUUGCUAGAACAGAUUUCGUCAAUAUGUUCCUCAAGGACCAGUCCAUACUGGGGAGCAGUAUUAUGAAACAUUAAAAUUAUCUGCCAAUAAUUGUAGUAAAUGACUGUUCAAUAUUUAUCUCUGAACUUUGUUUAGUGUUUUUCGAAAGAUAUCGUAAUAUAAUGUUGAUGUCAUGGACAGUUUUCAUGAAGACAUAUCUGUUUAUCUAUUCAGCCUCAAAGGACAUUUCAGAUUUGUUUCUUGGAAGUUUUUCUCAGUCCAUAUGUUUGUGUGAUGUCCUGGACCAAUUUUUAACUAUCAAAUGAACUUUAUUUUUGUCAAAACACCAAAUUUUUACUUCUAUUUAUUUCAACAGCAUGAGAUAAGAUUCAAAGUAUUUAUUCUUCUAUUCCAUUUGGGACAUUUUACAUAGUAUUAUACAUACAACAAAUGUGAAACUUAAAAUAGGUUGGACUUGAUGUGAUGUUGAACAUCGUUUGUGAUAUAAACAGCAGGCUGUGAUCACAUUGUACAUGUAUUAAUCCAUUUCUCUUUUUUCAGAUGUAAAAUAUUGUCGCACAUCUUCAUUCAAAUAUAAGAUGUUUCCAUUAUAGAAAAUAAUAAUGUACAAAUUAA